AUGGAUGACUCGGCGCUAUUCAUGCAAUGGGCCAUGGAGACGCUGGAGCACGAGCAGCCGGCGGGCGUCGUUAACGGCCACCCCGGCGAGGUUGCAUUCCCCUCGCUUCAGGCCCUCCGAGACGUCUCGCACGCAACCCUCGUCUUCGACGAGCUGAUCAUGGACAUGGAGGCCCACGCGGCAAACAGCGGGAGCUCCGGCGAAACCACCGACGGUAGCGGAGGCGGCAAUUUCUCGUCCACAGCGCCCAGGCAUCACGACGUUUCAACCUCGUUCAGGUGCGCUCCGAACCAUGGCAACAACAGUGGCCCCACCAACAUGGCCGUGAUGAGCUGGAACUUCAGCGCCGCCUCCGCGCAGCCCGGCAGCGACGGCACGCUGGAGGGCGCUACCGCCGUUGGCAUACCUUACGAGCGUGCCAUGCCGGACAUGGCGCACGUAUCACAGCCGACGAGGAGGACCUCCACGAAGAGCAACGCCGGUGGCAGUGGAACCGCGUCGGCUCCGUUCGUGGUGGACCACAUCAUGGCUGAGCGGAAGCGCAGGGAGAAGAUCAACCAGCGCUUCAUCGAGCUCUCCACUGUCAUCCCCGGCCUCAAGAAGAUGGACAAGGCGACGAUCCUUUCUGACGCGACCCGGCACGUGAAGCAGCUGCAAGAGAAGAUCAAAGCCUUCGAGGCCACCGGUGGUGGCAGCAACGGCAGGAGCGUCGUGGAGACGGUGGUGCUCGUCAAGAAGCCAUGCUACGCCGCCGUAGGGGACGAGAACGGCUCCCCCUCGUCGGCGUCGUCUGGGGCGCCGGCGGUGAGGGACCCGCUGCCAGAGAUCGAGGUACGCUUCUCGGAGAACGGCGUGAUGGUGAGGAUCGUCUGCGACGACGCCAAGGGGGUCGUCGUGAAGGUGCUGUCCGAGGCGGAGGAGGGGCUCCACCUCAGCAUCACCCACGCCAAUGUCAUGGCGUUCACGGCCUGCACUGUCAUCAUAACCAUCACGGCUAAGGUGGAGGAGGGCUUUACCGUGACAGCGGAAGACAUCAUAGGAAGGCUCAACUCUGUGUUGCAAUAG